AUGACCUUUUCGUCGGUACGAAGAGCAGUUUCUUUUUUACUGUUACUUGCUCGUAUCCUCUCCUUUCAUUCACACUACUUUGCAUUUUACCUUCGAUUUCUUCCAGGUAUUAUCAUUUAUAGUGUCCCUUUUUACAUCUUUCACUUCUUUGUGUUUCUUUAUACCGUAUUAUCAUUUAUAGAUCCCUUUUUAUCUUUCACUUCUUUGUAUUUCUUUUACCGUUACUUCUGCUCGUAUCCUCUCCUUUCAUUCACUACUUUGCAUUUUACCUUCGAUUUCUUCAGUCUCUUCAGCUCGUAUCCUUUCCUUUCCUUUCAUUCACUACUUUGCAUUUUACCUUCGAUUUCUUCAGGUAUUAUCAUUUAUAGAUCCCUUUUUAUCUUUCACUUCUUUGCAUUUCUUUUACCGUCUCUUCAACUCGUAUCCUCUCCUUUCAUUCUCUACUUUAUCCAUUUUUAUCUUUCACUUCUUUGUAUUUCAUUUACCGUUACUUCAGCUCGUAUCCUUUCCUUUCCUUUUAUUCACUUCUUUGCAUUUUACCUUCGAUUUCUUCAGGUAUUAUCAUUUAUAGAUCCCUUUCUAUCUUUCACUUCUUUGCAUUUCUUUUACCGUCUCUUCAGCUCGUAUCCUUUCCUUUCCUUUCCUUCACUUCUUGGCAUUUCUCUUACCUCUCGUCUUUUUCUCUCUCUCUCUCUGUGUCUUGCUAUUCACAUCUGUUUUAUCCCUUCUCUCUCUUUUCUAUCCUCACUUCAUUGUGUUUUUUUACUCCCUCUCUCUUUCUCUCUCUCUCUCCUCCUUUCUUUCUUAAUUAAUUCUAUGUCCCUUUUUCUAUAUUUUUAUACUCUUUCUUUAUCCUUUUCUCUGUUCAUGUCUUACUCUUCCCUUUCAUUUUCUAUCAUUGUCUUCCUCUCUUUCCAUUCCUAUCUCUCUUAUCCAUUCAGUCUCUUUUCAUCCAUCGUUCUCGUCUUUCAUUCUCUUUUUCACUAUUUUCUGAUCGUUUUUAUCCUUCCCUUUUACAGGGUGAUUGGAACGUAA